AGUUUUAUACAUAGCAUGUUCCUUCGGGGGAACUAAUAGGUAAUAUUUACAUGCGUAUUGUAUGAAUUUAAUUGUUUUGUAGGUUACUGUACCUUGAUGUAUACAUUAAAUAUCCAGUUUGACGUGCCGGUAUAUGAGAAACAGUUUUGACGCAAGCGGCAGGGGGAACUAUCUAGGUGGAAGUGAUCUUUGGCUUCCAAUGGCAACUGGCCUGUCAGGUGGAGCGUGGGAGGAAACCGCUAUUUGUAAACUGGAAUAUCACAAUAAGGAAGCGCAGGCCCUGUCAUGGUGUGGCGUGGCAGACAUGACGGAUGUGGAGGCGACUUAUGAGGACUUCAUCGCCUCUCGACGAUCCGGCCGAAGGAACGCCAUCCACGACAUCCCAGCGGCCCCCGGGGAGCCGGGACCCGCGGACUUUUCGGCGAGCCUGACGCAGCUCAACAUCAACAAACCAGCUGACAAAGGUGAAGACUCUGAGAAAAGCAAGUCGUCUUCAUCUAAAGACGAGGACAGCCAGUAAAAAAUAAACGCUAUACCGCCAUGAGGAAGUCAUUGUUGCUAUGGCAACCACAUUUGCAUUUCCAGCUCCUCCCUGAGCUCAUUUUUAUACUCGGAGCUGACACAGGGUCAGUUCAGAGAAGGGGUGAGGGGUCAUUAGCACAGACCUUAACGCCCCUCCAGGAUUCCAGGAUCAUGAUUGGACGCCGCCAUGUAUAAUUCCCCAAAACUGUAACACAAUGUCCUUCCCAGAAGCUGCGUUUCAUACAAAUGGCCUGAAGAAGGCAGCACUGUUUGUCUAAUAUUGUGUUCACUGUAUGGGAACAAUGUGCACUGUGCACUGAAUACAGCUAUGAAUAUUUAUUGUUGCUAAUGUGCAUCAUCAUCUGUAUAGUUUUAAUUUAUUCCUAUCACUUCUGCAUUUUUGUGAAUACUGCACCUGAUUUUAUAUGAUAAAUGCAGUACAUCUAUUAACACACUGCCAUUUAGAAAAAUAAAACAAAUGUGCAUUUGAUACAAAAGCAUGAGUAUAAUCGCAGAUGAAUUUAAUGUAUGUUUACAAGAGCCAAGAAGUAAUUCCAGCAUUGAUGUACAAUUUACAAACUUUUUAUAUAUGUCUUUUUGUAGUUUGGAUGAGAAAAUAAAUUGGACAGGAUGACUAAA